AAUUGAUUCAGAGACUUAGAUAAUUCUAGUCGAUACAGAGACAAUAUGCUCAGUGCAAUUGUGAAGUUUUUGUUGGUUGUGAGUGUGAGUUAUGUUGUAGCGAAACGAUUGCCGCAAAAUGAAACAGUCAACGCUUCGAAUAUUGAAGAAAUGGCCCAAAAGCCAGUAUGCCACUACACUGACCCUAACGUCGGAGAGUGCAUCAAGCGAGUAGCAGAGCAAGCCAGAGCGCUACUCGCCCACGGCAUCCCCUCAUUCGGCAUCCAGCCCCUUGAGCCCUUGAAGGUACCGAGCAUACGGCUCAGGCAGCAUAACAUGCCGCAAAACAGGUUCAAAUAUGAUGCCUGGCUCUCGGACUUGGAGUUGGAUGGACUGACUAAUUACACGUUUAAUAAAUUGGAUGUAUACCCAGAAGAUUUAAAGGUGUCUGGAAACAUCAGCUUACCACAAUUGGUUAUGUCAGGAGAAUACGUUAUCAUUGGAGAAUUCCAAAUGCUACCUGUCGAGUCCACGGGCUUCAUUUCUGCUAAUUUUACUCAAUGUACCGCAGCUCUUGACGCUGUUGGUGCGAAAGUUCACAAGAGAAUAGUAAUCAAAGACGCUAAUGUGAAAUUGCGUUGCGCUGGGCCUUUGGAUGCAAGUCUUAAAGAGGCUCAUUCAACUACCGGAGAAAUGGAAAUGGUGACAAAACACAUAGUCCACAUGCACGCAAGUGAAUUGGCCAAAGAAGUUCAACCAGCCGUGGAGACAGCUCUCAGCAUGGUUCUAGAAGACAUAGCCAACAAAUUCCUGAAGCAUGUACCCCCCAACAUGGUCUUCCCUGCUUAGUGCCACCUGUUCUUAACAUUUUGUGUUGUUUGUUUUAUUGUUUGCGCCAUUGUUUUAGUGCUAGUCAUAAAA